ACUGAAACAGUCAUAGUGACACCUUUAACCCAAUUAUGUCCAAUGAGAAUAAAAGGAUAUUGAAAAAGUAAUGAAUUGUAAACAAUUUCCAUUUAUAAUAAAUAUAAUAAUGGAAUAAAAAUAAAAAAAAUAUACGUUUGUUUGUGGUGUUGGUCUUUGGGUGUCUCUUCUCUCUAUUUGUUAACCGGCGAAAAGAAAAAGAGAAGAGUCACUCACUCAACAAAGCGGUGAAGUUGGUAGCAACAAACAGAACAGAAGAAAGAAGCUUAGCAAUGGGUUUUAUCGGUGACACUAUGGAUUCUAUCAAAUCUCUUCAGAUCCGUCAGGUCCUCACUCAGGCUGUUAGUCUCGGCAUGAUUGUUACGUCUGCACUGAUAAUAUGGAAGGCAUUGAUGUGCAUCACUGGCAGUGAAUCUCCUGUCGUCGUUGUUCUUUCUGGAAGUAUGGAACCAGGAUUCAAGCGGGGAGACAUCUUAUUCUUACACAUGAAUAAGGAUCCAAUUCGUGCUGGUGAGAUUGUUGUAUUUAAUGUAGAUGGGCGGGAGAUUCCGAUUGUUCAUCGUGUAAUUAAGGUACAUGAAAGGGGAGAUACCGGGGAGGUUGAUGUUCUCACAAAAGGAGAUAACAACUAUGGGGAUGACAGGCUACUGUAUGCUCAUGGUCAGCUAUGGCUGAAUAGACACCACAUUAUGGGUAGAGCUGUUGGGUUCUUGCCUUAUGUUGGCUGGGUGACAAUUAUCAUGACUGAAAAACCUAUCAUCAAGUAUAUUCUCAUUGGUGCUUUGGGGCUGCUGGUGAUAACUUCAAAAGAGUAAAUGAUGAUGAAUCUAAAUCAAACUAAAUGGGUCUGGCCUCCAAGAGCACUAUGAGCACAUGUCAUGCUUUUUUUGAACUUGAAGGUGUCAUUUUGUACCAUUAACAGCAUAAUAUUAAGAAUUAAUACAAAGUAGUUGAAUUUUAUAAUUUCUUUUGAUCCUUUGUUGGUUCAUUGAAAACCUUCUUCCUUUAUACAAAAACUAGAUUAGCGUUUGUUCUCA